AUGGCAAGUCCCAACGAAACCAGCCAGAUGUUCUUGCACUUUGUCUUGAAUGGGAUCCCAGGUCUGGAACAUGCUCACAUCUGGAUCUCCUUCCCGUUUUUCUCUAUGUACUUUAUUGGCAUGGUGGGGAACUGUGGGCUUCUCUACCUCAUCUGGACCGAGGAGGCCCUGCACAGGCCCAUGUACUACUUCCUCGGCAUGCUUUCCGUCACCGACAUCGUGAUGGGCACCUCCACAAUGCCCAGUGCGUUCUGCAUCUUCUGGCUCAACCUCAAAGAAAUCCAUUUCAACUCCUGCCUGAUCCAAAUGUACUUGGUCCAUACCUUCACGGGGAUGGAGUCUGGCGUCCUGAUGUUGAUGGCCCUGGACCGAUUUGUCGCCAUCUGUUAUCCGCUCCGAUACACCACCAUCUUGACCAACCCCAUCAUUGCUAAGGUGGGCCUGAUCACCUUCCUCCGAGGCGCAGCCCUCAUCCUUCCCUUCCCUUUCUUGGUCAGGAGACUCCAAUACUGUGGCACGAACAUCAUCUCACACACCUACUGUGACCACAUGGCGGUGGUGAAGUUGGCGUGCAGCAGUAUCCGGGUCGACGCCAUCUACGGCCUGACUGUGGCCUUGUUGAUUGGAGGCUUCGACAUCUUCUGCAUCAGCGUGUCAUACUUCAUGAUCCUGAGAGCUGUUGUGGGCCUCUCCUCCAAGGAAGCACGGAGCAAGGCCUUUGGCACGUGUACCGCUCACAUUUGUGCCAUCACGAUCUCUUACACACCUGCUUUUUUCACAUUCUUUGCACACCGCUUUGGGGGUCACAGAGUUGCUCCUCACGUUCACAUUAUUAUGGCCAACCUUUAUCUUCUUCUGCCCCCCAUGAUGAACCCCAUUGUCUAUGGAGUGAAGACCAAGGAGAUCCGGGCAAGCGUUGUCAGGUUGCUCCUUAAGGGAAAGGCUGUGAUUGUCCAUAGCCACUGA